AUGCUUCCUGGCGUAGCCCACGCCAUCCCAUCCGCCGCCCAAGCUCUCCAUACAGCCAUCCCCAAUUUGCCCCCGAACAACACCAUCUACAUCAACAAUCUGAAUGAAAAAAUCAAGCUUGAUGAUCUAAAGAAGUCAUUGUAUGCUGUUUUUGUCCAGUUUGGUCAGAUCCUGGACAUAAUUACAGGUAUGUUCUCUGCAUUAAGACUGCUACGACAGUCGACUUCAACCCGACCCUGCUACCGUUUUCUUUUCGCCUUAUGCCUGACUGCGCUUUACUUCGACAACCGCCGUUUCAUUUUUCCGAAGUUGUUUUUUUAUUUAGACUUAAAAGUUCGCUAAAAGCAAACCGGCACUGCAGACUUGCAGUACGCAGUAUCCCAAAUGGGUUUGGAAACACAAAGGGAGCUUGAGAGCAAAUUCCUCCAAAACGAGGAUGGUUUUUUUCAAUUUCUCGGUCGUAGAUGCUGGCUAUGCAACUGUAAGCGAUGGAACUGGGCCUGGUGGGUUAUCUUCUGUCGAACUCCACCAAAAGACCAUUUACAUGCGUAUAUGCUGUUUCCUCUAUCUUUAUGUCAUCGACGUGGAUCUAGUACGAAGACUGAGCUAGUCAGACUGAAAUGUCCAUCCAGCCCUCCUUCGCCUUUGUAGGUGCUCUACCGCGUUUCACCGACCAGAGUAAGAAGUUGUCCAUUAUGUCAUCUCGUCCGAGCUGCACCCUGGCUGGCAGUAAAUUCGAGGUGUCUAGCAAAGGACAUGGGCAAACACAGUGAUAGCUGAAUCCUGCCGCACCUCUAAUUCUCCUAUAGACCGCAGGAAUGGCGUGUCAGCUGUCUAGGCUUCGCUCGGGAAUCUGACCGUCAACUGCAGUGCCGUGGUAAAGCUGCAGCGUGGAACAAGCCGCGUCAGUAAUGAUGAACAACCUGACAGUAACCUGUUGGUAGGUUCUGGGGAUUGCGUGCCGGGUGAGUCAAUUCCCGGCGGGGCGGAUAAGGGUGGAACAGUGCAAAAUGUGGAUGAAGAGGCUGGCGCGUCCAAAUUAGACAAACUGCACAUCGUCUAAUCGACAGGACUGGUGAGAGAACGUAACACCACAGGCCUGACCGAAGUGAGCACACGGGAUGUUUCCGAAUUUAGCCAAUGCAGUGAGUCCGUGACAACCCAGAGUAGGUGCCUUAAACAAUCCCACAAUAGCUGACAUAACUCACGAAAUAUCACAUUGUUUCAGGUUACAAGGGAUUGCUUAGGUCGUUUGUCAAAUAUUGAUCAAUAACUCCUCUAUGCUAUUAGGGAGAUGUCAUCUACCGCCCAUAAAAUGUUCAGUAGGUAUGGACCACUUUGUUUAUUCCAAAAGCAGUUUUAGUGAUUUAUAAAAAGAAAAAAUCAAAAAAUGCUCAUCCGUCAAGAGGGCCUAACUUGUUACAAAAGGAGUUUAAGAGAUGUUUUUAUGCACUCUGUGCAAAUUGUGGUCAACUUUUUAAAGGCAGCCAAAAUCAACGGUGAAAUGUACGCUGCCCAGGUAGCCAUUUUAGUUAAUGAUUAGCGAGUUAGGUCACCUAUUGCUAGUAAUAGUAGAAGCGUGUAACACUUCUAGUGCUGCCCUCGAACUAAUCUGAGAGAGCGGUCAAAUGCGACCGAGGUUCUAGCAAGCCACGUCGCAUUCCACAUUGUAACGUUUGGCCAUACUCAUCGCCCGACCGACAAAGGGCAUUAAUACCUUUUGCUCGCGUUCGCGCUGUCCGCUUCUAGAUCGUCUCGGUCACGGAUGCGAAAGCGCGUCUUGCUCAGUUUAGUUGUCAGUUCGCAGACUUCAGUUUAGAGCUGGAUAUCCGUCUUUGAGAUGCGUGGUUGCACUCCGAAGGGUAUAAAAUUUGAAGUAUAUAACGGUUACUUAAUAAAUUUAAGUAGGGACAUCUGAUGAACACGCAUUAUUCACGAAGGGAUAAUGAGUGAGCCUUUGGUAAUACACAUAUGUCGAGGUGGAAGUGCCGUUGCCGUGGGCCGUUUUCGUGUCAGCAAAAAGCGGUUUGGGGCAGGUAGAAGUAAUCCCCUCGCUAAGAUUCGUCACAGAAGGACCCAACUCAUCUGUGGUACUCGGUGAAUAGUGUGUGAUAUGUCAUAUUUCGAUCUAAAUAAUCAACCUUAUCAUCAAAUCUCUGAUGGCCAUAAGAAGCAUAUGUCCAUAAUUUUAUUGUUUACACUACAAGAACGCCUUUCGCCCCCCCCCCUCUCCGUCCCUUUUUGACGUCCGCCCUCAUUUUUUACAUCCCUAUCUUGUCUGCUCCGAACUCAAGGCAAGUCUCUGAAGAUGCGCGGCCAAGCCUUCGUAGUCUUCAAUGAUCUAAACAGUGCUCGCAACGCCCUGGAGGCUAUGCGGGGCUUUCCACUCUACGAGAAACCAAUGCGCAUCCAGUUUGCCCUCAAAAACUCCGAUAUCAUUGCCAAACGCGAGGGCACGUACGUGGAGCGACCUAAGCGCCAAGCACCACCACCGCCACCAACUCAACCCCAACCCGGUGUCCCUAUGGUGACGGACGUGGCUCUGGUUGGCGGAAGCAGCGCGCGUGCUAUUCGUCGCAGACAGCAACGUCUGGCGGCAGCUGCUGCUGCAGCGGCCGCCGCGGCUGCUGCUGGAGGCCAGGAGAACGGUGGGACUGCCGUACCACCUCCGCCACCGGGACCGGGUGCGGGUUCUGCAGCCGCCGCCACCACCGCUGCCCCUCACCCACCUCCCAUCAACCCUGCCAGCAUUCCUGACCAGCCACCCAAUAAGAUCCUCUUCCUUACUAACCUACCUGACGACGCCAACGAGGCCAUGUUGGGCAUGCUGUUCAACCAGUUUGUCGGUUUUCGAGAGGUCCGCAUGGUGCCGGGACGACACGACAUUGCCUUCGUGGAGUUUGUCAACGAGAUGGAGGCGGCUACGGCAAAACAUGGCCUGCAGGGCUUCAACAUCCGUCCUGGCCAUCCACUGCGCAUAACCUUUGCCAAGAAAUGA